AAUCGGAUGUACAUAUUUUAGGCAUUUAAGCAUUUCAGUAUAAUGUAAUCUUAGAUUAGUAUAUAAAUGUAAUGCAUUAGUUCGUCUCAAGCUCAGGUUGUUGGCAGGAAAUCUCGAUUUGUUCACAACACACAAAGCCGAUGUUCAAUGUUUGUUUUCUUUUCUAGAGUCCCACGUUUUAAAGUCUUUAACAAAUUAAUUAAUUUAGUGUGGAUAAACAAGUUUUCAUUACUUUAACCAGGAAGUGUUUUUUUUAAUCUUUACCUGUCCAAUUAUUUGUAAACAUCGGACUUGACAGGUCUUGCGAUAUUUAUUUCCGUACAUCGACUAAUAUCAAAUAGGAUGUCGAUGCCCAGCGGUGGUGGUCCACCUAUGAUGCACCAGCAGAUGAACAUGAACCAGCAGCAGCAAAUGGGUGGUCCGUCGCCACAUCCUUCACAAGGUCCACCGCCUCCUGGCCCCAUGAUUCCACACGCAGCUCAACAACCACCAGGUCCGCAGCCACACCCUGGACAACCGCCUCAUCCUGGAGGUCCGCACCACCCACAUCAACAACAAGUUCACCCAGAACAAGGACGAAUGGACAACAUCUCAAAGGCCAAAUCUCUAGUUGUUCCUAUUAAGGAGUCCCUCAGUAAUAUACUUCGGACUGGGGCCAGUGCCAUUUAUGCCAAUAACAUGGUUGACAGUGGAUCGAAACCAGUUGAAUUUGACGUUACCAGGUUUGACCGCACACUAGAAGAAUUUUUUACUCUCUGUGAUCAAAUGGAGGUGAAUUUGAAAACAUCAAUCGAGUGCAUCAACCAAGGGAUCUGUUCUCAGCGAUAUUUGCAGACACCGGUGGCCUUAAGCAGAGUAGAUGGUCUGACCUAUCCACAGUACAUUAGCGUGGUCAAGGGUCAAAUCGCGUAUGCCAAGGAAAUUCAUGAUACUUUGGCUGAAGCUGCUCAAAAGUUGACUGAAUGACACUUCAUAAAUAAUCCCACAAUAUUUAUUAAUUUGUUUUUUGCAAACAAUUUUAUAUAUUAAAUAGUGUAAAGCAUAUAACCCUGUAAUUAUCUGGGGUGUCUCACUAUACUAACUAACUUUAACUUUUAUCAUGUCCACGUUAUAUGCUAAAAUGUUUUAAAAAUAAAUAAGGAUGUGAGUAUAUCCUUUAUUUGCAGUUGA